AUGACUUCUCCAAAGGCUACCAUAUCUGACCGCGGCCAAGAGAACGACGACACCCUUAUAGAACCUGUGCUAUCGUCUCCUCUCUCAACGCCCCAAACAACAAGUCCUGAGCUGGUCUCGUUUCAGUCGCUGGCCGACCAAACAUCUACACCACUCAGCAUCAUGGACGAUUCAUGCUUUCUCGACAUCGACAAGUUCAUCGCAAGCGGUCUCGAGCCAAGCAGUGUUAGUGCUGGCCUCGACAGACCUACAGCGCCAUCCAGCCAAUCGCCAGUGAUUAUAGCGGGGUCGCCCGCUAGACCCUCAGACCCCAGCACUAAGAGCCAGCGCAACGCAGAUCCUCUUGGAUGUACAGGGACAGAUACAGAUGGCGGCCUCGCCGAACAGACACGUGCCGCUCAUGAGGUCAAUGUUUCUGGAUCAAUCGAGAAGGAAUCAAAGUUACAACAAAACUGUAAUCGGCAAUCGUAUCGGAGGUCCCAUGAGUACGUCCAAACAAAGCCAUUAGAGGUCACUGCGCAGCCAAAAAUCAUCUCGCCAGCGGAAGCUGCAUCAAAUACGACAGGCUUCGCUACCCAAAAUAGCACCGCCCCAUCAAAUACCGGCGAGCCCAGUCUUGGUUUCAGGGGCCUUCAUUCCGAUCAGCACGAGUAUCGAAUAGAUAGUUCGAGCAAAAAUCAGCAAUACGAGACUGCUCUUGCAUCUAUAGGGCCUUUAUCGGUGGAAAGGCUCCCUGCGUCAGGGAUAGCCACAGCACAGGCACAGGCACGCAGCCACUGUAGUGCUCCUCAAAGCGCCACCCAGGCCAUGUCAAGCACGGCCUCCACAGCACAGGCACAGGCACGCAGCCACUGUAGUGCUCCUCAAAGCGCCACCCAGGCCAUGUCAAGCACGGCCUCCACUAGCAACGAUUCCGUUCCCCCUGGGCAUCAAAGACACCGCACCGGACAUUCCUCACACGACUCCCGCGACAACGACUUUCCUCCCUUUCACACAACAUCCCAUUCUUCUCGAGUCGGUGGCAUUAAACUCGAUACGAGUUUUGUCAAGCCUACGCCAAGGCCUAUUGUCCGUACAGCGCCCGACUCACCUUCGCUCAGUAUCCAACAUCCAACUCCCGACAUUACCUCCCAGGCCCGAUCUGGAGCAUACGUCGGGAACAUCGCACAACUCGAAGCGACCGCCGAACGAUUGUCUAUGACCAGUUCCAUCGACGAUGCGAUUCGAGAUUUACACACUGAAUUAAAGCGAUCCGAUAGCAGACGUUCCUCCAUCCUUGCUGCCAGCGUCAAAGCCUCUGGGUCCAUUGACGAUUACACCAGUAACCCUGGUUCCGCUAUCGAACAACUAAGACGACAUCCUUCCAUCGCUUCUUCCAUCGUUUCUACAAAUAACGCCGCACGCCACGGUGGUUAUUCCCCCGGUGGAUACGUACUCUCGCCUAAUCACUCCUUUACCGGACGUCUUCGAUCAGGAUCCAAGAAUUCGGCUGGCCGACCAGACUUUGAUCUAGAUACAGUUCUAUCCCGUCACGGCCCAGGCAAAGCAUCUGUUAGAAGUGUCCGGUCGACAAAGGUCUCGCUUGCCGAGAUAUCGGAAUCAGAGCCUAUUGCACUAACCCAGGACGUCCUCGACAUGGCCGACAAAACACCGGUCAAGAACCCUGAGGGUGAAUCUCUCCUCCCUGAUGAGCUCCGCGAUGCCAAUAUGCCCGCCACCGACGUAUUCCAAAACAUGAUGGGUGACGACGAUUUUAUGACCUCCAAGAACGAGCGCUCGCACCCUGAUGCGAGCACUGGUCUCCUUGCCGAUCAAGAGUCUAGGGAUCCUCAGCGACCCGGAAGCUCACAUUCAGAUACAACAUUCCAACAAUGUCAGGAUGCAUUUGGCGACUUUGAUGGCGUCCAUUGGGUGCCUGAACAAGAUGAUCCUUACUCCCUCCCUGAUGACUUGGAGCCUCAACCCCAGCCUCGACCUCGACAGCGACAGAUGAGCCAUUCCGAACAUGUUCGGCCACAGUCUUACUUUGACCCGGAGUCCGGUCAACAAAUGCUCUAUUACCCUGCGCGGGUUCCCGCUAUGCUCAAUCUGCCCCCCAAGCUGUCCAAUAAACCCAAGGCCAAUGAAAGAAAUAAGCGACGCUCCCAGGUGAUGAGUGCUAUGUUUGAAGGCAACAGGCAAUCGAAGAUGUUGGACGCCGAUGCAAAGGCACAAGAGCGUGAUACUACGAGAGAUUCCUGGCUCCCUGACCCUCUUGCUGGUCAUCGAGAAUCAUUUGCUGCUUUAUCAUCCGACGGAUUUGGCAAUUUGGGACAGGAACCAGAGACAAUUCGUUCUGUCCACUCGGACCAAGAUGUUCCUCCUGCUGUGCAACCUGAAGCCAAUGUCAAUGCUCCGAUUGAGACACUGAGGCGCCCUCAACGGUUGUCUCGGAACGAACUUGACAAGCGAAAGUCGAGAAUGUCAAACUUGCCUCCACAACUCAGAGCAAGCGCCUACUUUGAUCUACCCGACAACACACAAGGAGAGAUCGAGGUUAAGGACGGCUCAGCCAUGGCCACCCUUGAAAGCAUUCUAGAUGCUUCGGCAAACGCCCCUGUCAGUGCAUUUACCGAUCACGAACGCGCCGGCAGACUUGGAAAGGAAGUCUACGGCAAAGAAAAGAAGCGAGCUUCAGUUGCUGCAUCCACGGUUCUUGAGCCUGAAGGCGAUAAGAAACAUGCCAGAAAGCGUUCCUCUUUUAUGUGGCUUGGCAAACGUCACAGCCAUGUUAGUGACGAUGACAAGGAUCAUAAGUCAGAGUCUGGGCUGGGACCGGUCAAUGCUGACACGAAUGCGAAUGAGCACGACGGACUAGCCCGCAGUGUCGAUGGUCGUAGCGAUGGCCAUGUUGAUGAUGAGCAACAAGCCGCCGAAGAAGCUGAGGACCUGUCUGAGGAGGAAGGCUACAAUGGACCCCCAACGACACUCCUGGCCGAGUUACAGUUGCGAAAGCAGCAGCAAAAAGAACGUACCCAGCGAACAUUCCCAGGAGGCAUGCAUGCAACACUGUUAGAGAUGGAUGCUGUUGCCGAAACUCAGAAGAAGGCAAGAAAUAACAAGCGUAUCAACCUGGCAUGGGAAGAAGGCCAGGCACAAGCUGCUGAUGAGGAUUCCGAUGAUGAGGAUAUUCCUCUGGCUGUCAUUGCAGCACGUAACCAAGGUGCAAAGAAUGUUAUGGAUCUUCAACGCCCUAUUGGUUUGAUGGAGCGCCGUGAGAUGGAAGAGAACGAACCCCUCAGUCACCGCCGAGCUCGUCUGCAUGGCCAGGAUCCUCGAUCUAUGGUGAUCAGUCACAGACCUAGCAUGAACAACCUCAGUGCCAAUCAUCUUCCCACGACUCCUCAUUCGGCACACCAAUCUGUUGCCCAACUUUCCGUACAAAACGCAUCGACUGAGCCGGAUGAUGAAUUUGAAGGAGAGACUCUUGCUGAUAGAAAGCGACGGCUUGCAGCCAAGGAAGAAGCAGAGAACCUUCUACCUAAAGCCCGACCUGUCAGCAGUGCGUUCUCCGUUGAGCUCCUCAAUCAAUUCGAGGACCCUGAAGAGAAGAAGAAGAAAGAGGAAGAGAAUAAGCCCAAGGCUGGCGAGGAGGAAACCCUGGGUCAACGACGAAAACGGCUACAAGCUGAGCGAGAAGCCCGUGAGCGUGAGAUGAGUUUCAACCAGCUGAACGCCAGUGCCGAAGAGGCUGAGGCACCAAUCCCAGGAAUCAAUGGGCGAAUGCACCAGUUGUCCAGUGUCCUCUCUGCCCAUCCUAAGAGGGAGACCAACCAAGCUCAGGAGGAGCGCGCUCGUAUGGAACAUGAGAGGAGGCUUCUGAGAGAGCGUGACGCUAAGAUGGCCGCUUAUCGAAGCCAAAUGCCGCAGGCUCUCGGUGGCCCUAGCAAUGCGCAAUCUGGAGGUUACCGUGGAGGUACCUUCAACAAUGGUCUUGGUGGCCAGAACUCCCAAGCAGCCAUGUCAUCUCCUGCCCUCCAUACGCAACUGUUCAACCAACCAGCUCUUAACCACCAAAAGAGUGCUGUGUUCAGUACUUAUGGGGCCCCGAUGCAGCAAGCCCCAUAUGGCGGCUCAGCUACGAACCUGGGUGCGAUGAACAUGGUGUAUAAUGGCAUGCCCAACGGCAUGAACCCUUAUGGCGCUGGUGCCAUGAGUGUUUAUGGCGGAGGCAUGUUGCAACCUGGUAUGCAAAUGCCUGGUCAAGGUGGUUCUACCAACAGAAUCGAGCAGUGGCGUCAGGGUGUUCACCCUUAA